CUACAUUGAUAAGAAUGAAGGACAGCCGUCAUACAAAAUUGCUACGAUUGUAUAGUUACGCAAAGAAUUAUGAUGAAUACAGUGUAUGUCAUCUCUACUUUUUCUCUAAUCUUAAUAACUCUAGAGAGUGUCGGUGUUACGGUGCAGUUCAGUUUUCAUUAUAUAAUAUUGUGUCCUAGCUGUCUACGAUACUAAUCAAAUUGAAAUACAUCAACUCUUUUUAUAACUGACUAUUUGUGUAGAGAAUAAUGUCAUCUAGAGAUCAGUUCAAUGAGCCAAACUCGCUUUUAGGGCAAAUUCCACUGCAAUUGGAAAUUGUUACCUAAAAUUUUGAGAAGCGAAUCUUCUGUGAAAUAAUGCAUGACUAAGGUUGUGCCCUUAUAUGAACUCGUUUAUCUUGCAUACAAUUCGAGAGUAAAACAAGUUAAUCGUGUUAUUAAAAUAGGAACAACACGUCGAUGUCCGGUGUGUUAGUGCCAAUGAUCUAGAAUCAUUGAAAAGCACUCAUAUUGCAGCAAAAAAACUUAGAAUUAGGUGAAAAAAGACCCUAGCUUAAUAUUUAGUUCAACUUAAAAUUAUUAUUAAUUAGGGAUGUGUUUCAAAAAAAUUCAAAACUAAGUAGCCCAGCCUAUGAAGCUCAAAGGAAGAAAAGUAUUAGGCGACUGCCCUAAUUUUCGUUGUACUGAAGCAGUUGUGACGAGAUGAUGCCGCUAAUCUAUAUUCUUGGUGAAGUGUGUGCACAUAAAUUCUUAAACUCUAGCACAUAAGAUAGCUCGUAUUCAGAAGAGGUUUUGUCCACUACUAUAUGUGUUAAAAUGUUGCAGAUGCAACGAAUCAAGCAGAAUCUCCAACUGGGAUGAUGUGGCCAGGACAAUAUUAUGGUAACACGGGUGGUAAUGGGGUGAUGUGGCCAGGACAAUAUUAUGGUAACAUGGGUGGUAAUGGGAUGAUGUGGCCAGGACAAUCUUAUGGUGCUAUGGGCAGUGAUGUGAUGAUGCAAUCAGGCUAUUACAAUCAGCAAUACGGCGGGCCCUACUAA